UGGCGCGAAUAUUGACGUUUGUUUAUUGACAUUUGCUGUUCUUGGUCAUAUCGUCAUAUAUGGUGUUCCAUGGGUUGUUUUUUAUUGAAUUUCGUGGUUAAAAUGUUACAAUAAACAUGUCCUGAAGAUUAGUUAGAGAUACAUUGGUAGUAUCUUAGUAUUAUAAUAUACUUUAUAUAAUGGGGAUCACCGGUUUAAUACCGUUUCUUGAGAAGGCUUCAAGGAGGGCUAAUGUUGACGAAUUUAGUGGAUGUACCGUAGCUAUAGAUUCCUAUUGUUGGCUCCACAAGGGAGCCUUCGCCUGUGCAGAUAAGCUGGUGAGAGGAGAAGAUACCGACAUACACAUAAAAUAUUGCCUCAAAUAUGUGACGAUGCUACUUUCUAAGAAUAUCAAGCCGAUUUUGGUUUUUGACGGAAGACAUUUGCCUGCAAAAGCUAUGACCGAAAGUAAACGAAGAGAGUCUAGAGACAUAUCGAAGAAAAGAGCAGCUGAACUGUUAAGUUUGGGAAAGAUAGAGGAAGCUCGAUCAUACAUGCGACGUAGUGUGGACAUUACCCACAGUAUGGCCUUGAAACUCAUAAAGGAGUGCAGAAAGAGAAAUGUGGACUGCAUCGUGGCUCCAUAUGAGGCUGAUUCUCAACUAGCCUACCUCAAUGUCAAGAAAUUUGCACAUCUUGUCAUCACUGAAGAUUCAGACCUCAUUUUGUUUGGGUGCACUAAGGUCCUCUUCAAAAUGGAUCUUGACGGCAGCGGCACAUUGGUGGACACAACCAAGCUACCUCUAGUGAUGAAAUGUCCUAUUGAGAACUACACAUUCGACAAGUUUAGACAGAUGUGCAUCAUGUCUGGGUGUGACUACCUCGCUUCCCUGCCGGGGAUAGGCCUGGCCAAAGCACGACAGUUCAUUACUGCUACUCAGGAUCCUAAUAUUGCUAAUGCACUAAGGAAGCUACCAAGCUACUUCAACAAGGCGUCGCUGACGGUCACAGAUGAGUACAGGGAGAGCUUUCUCAAGGCAGAGGCGACGUUCAAGCAUCAAUAUGUGUACGAUCCACUUCAGAGAAAGAUGGUGCGGUUGACGGAGCCCGAUGAUGACGAUGUUGAAACCGCGCUGUGCGUGAAUGCGGGUGAACUACUAGAUGAGACGACAGCUUUCCAGCUGGCACUCGGUAAUAUUGAUCCGUUCUCAUUAAAAAAGAUGGACGAUUGGCAUCCUGACGACCGGAAAGACAAUGGAAGCAUAAAAACAGACAGCUGGAAGGAAGUAGCGAAGCACCCAAGCAUCUGGAGUAAAGACUUCUCCCUACACCUGGAUGACCCUUGUCCAUGGCAGAAGAAGCCCAGGAAAGUGGAGCCCAUAAUAGCGGCUCCGCAGACUCGGGCGAGGACGACUGUCGUCAAUCUGGUUCCUAAAUACGUCGCGGAGACUCAGGAUGAAAGUUUAACAAUAGAGAACCUGAGCACCAUGUACUGUGUUCAACCAGCUGCUAAAAAAAUAAAGACUGACUGUGAUAGCCAAGAAGCGUUUAGUCAAAACGAACACAAUUUAGCUUUAGGCGAAAGUGAGAUUAUCAAGAACCUGCCUUCAACACAGAACAGGUCACCUAUACUGGAAAACAAAGAGAGAUCUUUUAAGAAAUGUUUGAAGAACGGAAACAUUAUGAAAAGACUGAGUAAGUUUACUAGAACUGUCCUGGACGAAGAUAAUGUUGUUGAGAGCAAAUUCUUCAGUCCCACCUCAAGUGUAGAUUUGGAUAAUAGUGUAAAUGAGAAAGACACUUCUAGAAACAGUAUUGUAAUAGAAGAAUCCCCAGAGAAAGUGAGCAGGAAUCCUUUUAAAGUGAAAACUGUGGCUGAUAUUAACAAAACAGCGGAUGUGUUCAAUACGCAAUCGGAACAUAACAAUGCCAUGCAAAUAGACUCACAAAACGAAGAUUUAUUCGAUACAGAACUUAGUAGUUCUCAGAAAGAGAAUUCUCCGCGUAAAAGUCCAAUAUUGGAACCUAGUCCGAGAUUGAAGAAGCCGUUUAGGUUGAAAUUAGAAGAGCCGCAGUGUGACCCGCCUUUAAGUCAAAUGACAGAAUCUGACAUAGUGAUUGAAAACACAUAUCCAUUAGAGACACUGGUGACUCCAGUUGAUUCACAGAUAUCGUACGGCGAUUCCCAAGAGUCUGCGUUACCUUGGAACACUAAAACAUCGCCUAAGUCGAACAGCCAGCCGUUUAGGAACAAUGGUGUUAAGAGGCCCACAUGUCGAGUGCCGGGACUGAAGCGCACCGCAUCACUGCCCACCAACCAACCCACCUUGCUGAGCAAGUUUGGAUUCCAGAAGAAGCCUAUAUUGAGGAGAUAGAAGGAUGACCCCAAUCAAGUACAAAGACUUAUGAAAUUAGUAUAAGCGUUAACUUUUCUGUUGUGAGUUUUAAGCAUACUAAUGUUUGCAGUUUUAUUUGCUGGCGUAUUGUUUUUUACUUGAGCAUAUUGUGCCCUGACAAUCGUGUGUAAUGAAUGACAUUAUGAUUUUGUUGUUGAUUGAAUAUGAUUUUACUGCAAUUGUGAUACAAUAUUUUCAUAAGUAAAUAAUUUGAAUAACCA